AUGGACACAAACGUCUCAUCACUCAGCUCGACAUCCAUGCCGACCCAACUUCCCCUCAACACCACAGCAUUCAUGAAUGCCACAGUGAAACCCUUCAGUGUGUUUGAUGGGUGUGAAAAUAUGAUAGAGGCUGUUCUCUUUGAUCUGGCUGUCCAGUCCAUCAACGUAAUCGUGGGUAUCCCAUCCAACUUACUCGUCAUUGUUAUUCUUAUUCACAAUCGCAAAGAGCCCUCCACUUCAGACAUAUUUUUGGGCUGCUUGGCCUUUAUGGAUGCCUACUUUGGUGCGAUGACCCCCCUGGCCUUCUUUAAUUUAUACCUCUGGCAGCGCAAAGAGGUGUGGUCGGCCCGUAAGUUCUCCUAUGGUGUGAAAGAUACCAGUGGCCCGUUGUUCCUCUCCUGCAUCUGCCUAGAUCGCUUUGUGGCUGUGCUCCUUCCGAUUGUGUUUGGGCAACUUAAACACUUCAAGUACAGGUUAGGCCUCGCAGUGCUGGUGCUCUGCCUCACCUUUGCCUACUCGGCAGCCAAGAUGGUGGGAGGGCUCCCCAACUUUGAGAAAAUAUUCACUGGUGAGAUACUGGCAGCAUUUGCAUGGAUGUUGGUGUGUAAUGCAAGCAUCCUGAGGGCCUUGAAGAAGUCCACUGGUGCAGGAAAAGAUGAAAUGCACCCCUUGAAGAAGAAGGCCUUCAAGACGGUGCUCUCUAUCCUUUGUAUCAUUGUGUUCAACUACCUGCCACUUGUUGUUAUGUUUCCAUUUGAGGACCACUAUUCCCCUGAUGUGUUUCGCUGCUAUGUGCAGCCCGCAGGCUUUGCCUUUCUGAACAUCAGCAGCACGAUUCAGCCAAUUGUCUACUUGUCCCGUCUAGAGAAGGUGCCUUUCCUCUCUGAUGCCUGCAUUAAAAAGAUCUCCUCCUGUUUCACUCAAGAGAAGAACCAGACUCCAAAGGUGCAAGACCCACCUGCUUAG